CCGACUUUCCCGGGAAAUUUCCCUGUUUUAAAAAUAAUGUUAUCUUAUCUUCCUAUGAGUUAUGAUCAGCUGUAAAAUUUUGCGAUUGAAUUGCAAUUGCAAUUUUUUGUAAGGUGAAAGCACUUAUUUCAAUUUCAUUAUGAAACCUGAAAGUAUUAAAUUCGUACUUAAGACCUAUUUAAAAGAAAGAGAAAAUGCAUUACGUUAUAAUCAUGUUACUAGCUAUUUGUCUGAACCCCUGAAUAUAUGCCAGAUUUAUUGAUCAUGGAACCACAAGCUGCUAGCCUUCCAUUGGAUGAACUGAAUGUUCCUGUUGAACCUCAAGAGGAAAUGUUGGCUGUUGGAAUAGGUUGGCGAUUAUGGGAAAUUGCAGAUGAAUUUGAUUUAAAUGCUGCUAUUAACCAGGCUUCUGGAAUUGUUCCUGUUGAACCUCAAGUGGAAAUGUUGGCUGUUGGAAUAGGUCGGCGAUUAAGGGAAAUUGCAAAUAUAUUUGAUUUAAAUGCUGCUAUUAACCAGGCUUCUGGAAUUGUUCCUGUUGAACCUCAAGUGGAAAUGUUGGCUGUUGGAAUAGGUCGGCGAUUAAGGGAAAUUGCAAAUAUAUUUGAUUUAAAUGCUGCUAUUAACCAGGCUUCUGGAAUUGUUCCUGUUGAACCUCAAGUGGAAAUGUUGGCUGUUGGAAUAGGUCGGCGAUUAAGGGAAAUUGCAAAUAUAUUUGAUUUAAAUGCUGCUAUUAACCAGGCUUCUGGAAUUGUUCCUGUUGAACCUCAAGUGGAAAUGUUGGCUGUUGGAAUAGGUCGGCGAUUAAGGGAAAUUGCAAAUAUAUUUGAUUUAAAUGCUGCUAUUAACCAGGCUUCUGGAAUUGUUCCUGUUGAACCUCAAGUGGAAAUGUUGGCUGUUGGAAUAGGUCGGCGAUUAAGGGAAAUUGCAAAUAUAUUUGAUUUAAAUGCUGCUAUUAACCAGGCUUCUGGAAUUGGAAACAGAGUUCAGUUCAAGGAACAUACAAUUCGAGUGCCUUCAACAUGUGAUUGUAUUCAAAUUCCCAUAGUUCGAACUGGAGCUUUAGAUGGUAUUGUAAAUGUGGGAUGGACAACACAUGAUAAAAGUGCUAAAGCUGGCAUUCAUUAUGUUAAUAGUCAAGGAAAUAUUUCUUUUGCUCAAAGUGAAGAGGAAAAGACCAUUGAAGUAGAAAUGAUUGAAGACAGGGAGGAAAAAAAAGAUAUAUGUUUUACAGUUGAACUUUUUGAUGCUAGAGGCACCUUUAAUACUGUAACAGUUUACAUUGUUGAUGAUUCCAAUCUAUAUGCUGAAGAGAAAUAUUUUAUAAAAAAUAUUUUUAGCUGUGCUGAUAACAUUCCGAUAUCUGAAAUAGUGACUCGUUUAGUUGAUAAUGUUGUGACUCCCAAUACUUUUAAAGCUGCUUUACAGUGUGUGUGUAGCAAUGCUGAUUCCAUUUCUAAAGAAUUUGCUCUUGCUUCUGAGUUGUUUAGACUCGCAGUACAGCAUACUCCUUCGAACGUUUUAACAAAAACAUUGUGAUUUUUUUAAUUACCUUCCUGAAUUGGAAGAUAUAGCUUCUAUUUUUUAAGGACACCAUUGGAAGAUUAUUUUUAUCAGGAAAUUUAUAUUAUUUAUCAUGCAGUUUAAUUUCAUCUAUAGUUGAAAAUAUACCAGCCUUAGUCUUUCACGAGAGCUUAUGUGUUACAAAUAUAACGAAUGAAAUAUGGUUGUUUUGGUAUAUUAAUUAGAUGCUGUUAUAGUUUUUAUGAGUGAGUGUGGAUUUGUUUGUUUAUAUUUUGAUUUAUUUACUUUUAAUUUAAAAUGUUGAUUUCUGUAAUUUGUUAUUAUAUUGUUUGGUAAAUGAAUUCUAAAACAAGUUAAGUUUUUUUAUUUGUAUUCUGAUUAAAAAAUCGUUCCAUAUUUCAUCAUAUUUUCUUUUACUUAAAAAAAUGCAUCAGUGACUUCAUUUUCUUUCAUACUGUAUUUUCUAAAUUAGCUCAGCUAUUAGAAAAAGCUUAAGCAGAGAUAUCAAAUAUUUUAUCCUGUUGAUGUUAUAACUCAGAAUUCAAAAUAAAAAUUACUUAAUGUUUAACAGGAUUUUGAAUUUUACUGUAAAUGAGUGCAAGAUAAAAAUGAUGCAACUGACGUUAAUAGAUGCCUCAAAUAAAUACUAGCUUAAUAAAUUCGGUUUGCUGUAUAAAUAUUAAUCACUGGCUUCCUUUGAUAACAUGCUGCUUCACAGGAAAUAUUGGAUCUGUUUCAUUUCAUUAAUUCCACUUUCAGUCUUUAGUAAUAUAAUUCGAUUUUCUGAUUCUACUUGUAGACUGUCAUAUGAAAAAAUAAUGAGCAAAAUGUUUUUCUUUAACUUUUAACAAUGAAUAGAAAUCAUGCAAUUAAAUAUUUAAUAAAAUAAUAAUAUUAUUGAUCAUUAUGCAAAAAUAUUUAUUUUUUAAAAAAUACCAGAAUUGGUUUUCUGCAUUUGAAGGUAUGAUAAUAUUUUCAAUAAUCAUUGCAGGAAAAUUUUCAAAAUCUUGCUUAAUUUUUAGUUAAAGUUUUUAAAAAUUAUUUUGAGUUACACAUAUCUGUGCUGAAUUUUUUAGUUUUAGUCAUAUAAUCCAUCUUGUAAAGUGCC